AUGCCACAUUCUGCCAUACCCGCCCCUAGCUCCUGGAAGAGCCAUUUCCCCAACGGGGAUUUAUGGGUUUUCGGCUACGGGAGUUUGAUAUGGAAACCGCCUCCACAUUAUGAUCAACGUGUGCUCGGUUACAUAGAAGGCUAUGUUCGACGGUUCUGGCAGCAACGUGACCAUAAACCAACCAACUCCAAACCCUCCACAGUUUGGGGCGCAGCUUAUCACAUCCCCGCCUCCCACGCAGAGGAAGUCCAUGCCUACCUGGACGAUAGAGAAGUAGACGGCUACACAGUCCACUUCACCCCCUUCUACGCUGCACCAUCCGCCACUACCACCACUAACGACAACAGCAGUUCUACUGCUAACAAUGACACAUCUCAAACACCCCCCAUAACUUGCAUGGUCUACAUCGGUCUUCCCACAAACACACAAUUUCUCCGCAACCCCGCAGACCGUGACCCUGACAACAUCGCGCGCGUCAUCAGCCAGAGCUGCGGCCAGAGCGGCGAGAAUCGUGAGUAUUUGUACUUAUUAGAGAAAGCGCUGGAAGGCCCUGAGUUUUCUAGGGGAGUGAACGGGAAUGGGGAUGGGAUUGGGAUUGGAGGUGUUGCAGAUAGCCAUGUAGCUGAUUUGGCGAGGAGGGUGAGAGCUAUUGAGGGGAAGGACGUUAGUGAAGUGGAUCGAAAGAGAAGUGAGAUUGUGUUGGAGCAUUUGCCUGGGCCGGAGCUGGGGAGGGAGGAGAGGCCGGUGCGGAUGGAGGAGUUUGAGGGUGGGGAUGUGGAUUGUUCAUAGGGAGGAAAUGUUUGAGUUUGAGUUGUUGCACAUGUUUUAUUUCUAAAGGAAUUCGUGUUUGGUCAAGUAUAGAAUUAGAUCCUCUAGAUAAUGUGGAAAUCUGUGUCGUGCGUUUUAGCUUUGGUUGUUGUGGUGGAGAGGUGAGGUGGUAUAAAGAAUGCCCCGUGGUAGAUAUACUGUGGGCAAACAAGACUCUUGCACUUUUC